CAAAACCCCCCAGAUUGGUUGUCAAACUGGUUAACUCACAAACACCUUCGCCUUCGGCAGCCUUCCACGCAUACUGACGCAGUGGUCACCUGUUUGAAAGUUUACUAUUGCCGCGCAGCACAGUCCGACAACACAACGAUAGAUCAUUCCAGUUCCAUAAGGAAAUUCCACAAAAAAUCGUGCACCCAGCAACAGAAUGGCCACAAAGGAACUGAAGCAGUUCAGUCUGGCGGAAGUGGCCGAUGCCUGCAAGGACGGCGAUACUCUGAUGGUGAUUCAUGACAAGGUGUACGAUGUAACCAAGUUUCUGACCGAGCAUCCCGGUGGCGAGGAGGUACUGAUAGAGGCGGCCGGGAAGGACGCAACGGCCGACUUUGAUGACGUUGGCCACAGCACCGACGCCAAGGAGCAGAUGAAGCAGUACGUCGUCGGGGAACUGAUCGAAGCGGAUCGGAAAAAGAAAGCCUCCAAAGGUUCCGAUUCCUCCUCGACCGCUUCGUCCUCCUGGCUGGGAUCGUUGAAGACGAAAUUUUUCGGUUGACACACACUGGCGCUUCCGCUGGGCCAUCACCGGAGGAAGUGUCACGCCGAGCGUAGCUUUAGAUACAUUUUGUGCAACUUGGGCAAUGAUAUUGGAGGGUACUUUUCGGGGGAUGUCGUUAGGUUUUUCCACCAUUUUAUAACGUUAAACGUUUAAGCACACAGAUUUCUCAGCUAACAAACGCUCACUCUUUGGAACGAAUCGAAUAAAAAGUGCUGAGGCGGCGGAUCGAUUUCUCUUUUUCAA